AAAUUUUAAUUUAUUUUUAUAUAAAUACUACAAGUGAUAAGUACGAAUCAAGGAUAAGAUGUCGAGAAUUGGAAAAUAAGCUAUUAAUGAAACCAUAACAAUAUCAAUUAAACAUUUUUCUGUCAAAGUACUUAACCUUGUAUUGCUUCUUUUAUUAAUUUAUUUAUGAGUAAAACUGGGUACGCGUAUGCCCCUGUUUUAUGCGUACUGUACCCCAAAUAUGUUAGUAACUAAUAUGGCGGAAUAGGUACAUGUUGACUUUUCGAGUUCCGGAGAUCUCGGAUUUAAAUAUUUCUACAUAAUAGAAUUUAAAAAGCAUCAAGUUAGUUGUUAUUCAUUUCUGCUAUUAUCGAUAUACAUUAAUAUGAUUAUAGACGCCACAUGUUGCGAACUUACUUGCACUAAGUAUUAUUAACAAUGAGUGCGUACGUUAUCCAUUAAAUCAGCCUACUAGCAAGCAACUAAUCACAAUUUUAAAAAGGAAUGUAUGAUAAACGCCAUUAGAAAAUAAAGCAAUGUGCAAUUUUUUAAAUUAUUUUGAUUCUAAAUAAAGAUAAUGCGACUUAUGUAAUGAAAGUGUUAAUAUCAAUUUUAUAUGUUUCAUCGAAAGGUUAAGAGGUGCAUUUAUUAUUUGAGAUUCAAUAUAUUGAAAAAUCAGUAUAAUUUUACGUAGCCUGCAAGUAAAAAAGUUAAGUUAAAUAAACCUGAUAAUGUGAAUUUUAUUUAAUCUUUCAGAAAUAUGUGUGAUACAUCCAAAAAAAUGAAAAAUACAAGUGUCAAAAACAAUGUGCAAAAUGAAAUGAUGGAAAAACAAAGUGUUGAUAAAAAAGAAUCUACAUUAAAGAGUACAAAUGAAGAUGUACAGCGUGCAAUUGAAGGUUUAAAAGAGAUUCCAGAUGAAGAACUUCAAGAAUUUCUUGACGAUGAAGAUUUCAUGGAAGGUUUGGAUGUCGUUGAUGCCUGGGAAGGUGAUGAAGAAAAGAAGGAGGUUGAACCCAAAACUUCUCACAUAAAGGAACAAGAACAAAAACGUCCUUCUAGGGACAGACAUCGUCGUGACUAUAAAGGAUCAUAUAAUCGUGAAAGACCAAAGAGAGAAGAGAAAAAACAUGAAGAAAUACGCCGUGAUCCUUCCAAAAGCACAAAGGAUAUAGAAAGAGACAAAAUACGUACAAAGAGGGACAAUGAAAGUAAACUUUUAGCUGAAAAAGAAAAAGCUAUUAAGCAUUUAUUGGAUUCUGAUAAUGUUGUUCCACCUGGUACAGAAGUUGAAGCUAUUCAAAGCAUAGCAGAGAAACAAAGUUUAGAACAAACGCAGAUGCAUAUUCGCAGGAGCCGUGAACGACGUAGGAGCUUAGAACGCCAAGGAGGAAAUUCAUUAAGACGACGAACUCCAGAUAGGAUUAGGUUGAAUUCUUUAAAUUCUCCACGUCGAAAAUCGCCAUUAUUAGUAAGUCCUGACCGAUGUAGAAGUCCUUUCAAGAUGAAUAUUGAAAGACAUCGAAGUCCAAUGAGGUUCAGUCCUGACAAAAGAAGAAGCCCAAGAUUCAACUGUAUUCGUAGAAGCCCUUUUGCAUUCAGUCCAGAUCGACGAAGGAGCCCAGUUAGACGUGUCAGUUGGGAACGAAGAACGAGUGCAGACAGAAGAUGGAGUGCUGAACGACAUAGAAGACGUACUAAUAUACAUGAACGCCGAAGAAGUCGAUCACGAGAUCGACAACGAAGCCGCAGUAUGGAACGCAUUAGAAGAAAAGUCAGCCGUUCUCCGGUUAGACGUUAUAGUCCACGUCGGCGGAGUCGAAGUCGGAGUCGAAGUAGAUCAAUAGAACGUCGUACAAGAAAACGAUCACCUUUUAUUAAUGAACUUACAAGACAACUAAGAAAUGAAGCAAUAGUAACAACACAUAUAAAUACUGGUUAUGCACCUCCUCCAACAAUGGAUGGUAUAACACCAUUGAUGAAUACUGUUCCAUAUCAACCAGAAGGAGAUUCUAGGCCACCAUUACCUAUGCCGCCUUACAUGCAUCAAGCUGGAUUACCUCCACCACCACCACCACCAAUGUCGUCAGGUGUUGCAUCAGGUGGCCCAUUCAUGAACUUCGAAAAUUCAUCUCAACCAAUGAAUUUUGAACCUGUACCCUUACAUCCGUUACCUCAAACGGAAUACGUUUCUGGCCCAGUGAUGUACAAUCAACCAAAUACAAGUUCAAUUCAGCCUUCACAUCGACCACCGCUUCUUCCAGCACCGAUAUCUUCGCCACAACCAGAGCCUGCUGCAGGGCCUAUGGACCACCCACCGACAACAUAUAAUUCAUCGCACGGCAUUCCUCCUACACGACAAUCACCAAUUCAAAAUUUUGAGUUUCCAAAUAAAUCCAGGGAGAAAAUAUCUCCAUCCUACAGAGAACGUAGUUUCAGAGAUUCUUAUAAUGGAUAUCAUGCUUCAAAAGAGGAACGACUAAAGACUCCUGAACCACCAGUCAUCUCUGAUACAAAACAGUUUGAAAAGACGAGUUUAUCCAGUCUAUUGGAAGCAUCUGUUUCCGCAAAAGAUUCUGCUACUCUACCAGUCUUAUAUCCAGGAUUCAAACCUGAAAUAUUGCGCCAUUGUGAACAUGCCCUGCGCGAACUUCCUACCGAAGACCUCCGCUUAAAAAUGAAAGGGCGAUUUUUCUAUGAUCCUAUAAAGGAGAAUGUACAAAACGAACAAGAAGAAUAUUCAUCGAACUCCAUACUUUUGCAAAGAAGCAAGAGUAAAAUAUGUUGGGAAGAGGAGGAAGGUGGCCAACAUGUUUCUCCAAAGAAAGAAAAUGUACAAAUGCAUCAAAAAAUUUGUCAAACUGAUGAAGUAGAAACAAACACGAAAUUUGUUCAAGCAACUGUUACCAUGGUAGAUUUUGAAGUACAAGUUUACCCUCAAGAUUUACAACAUAUAAAUAAGGAAGAAAAAAGACCCAUUAUGGAUCGUUUAGAUUGGAACGUGCGUGAAACAUUUGAUUACACACCUAAAUAUCGAGAAGCUGAUGAUUUGAGGUGGAGUUUAAGUAAUUCAUCUCAAAAAAGACCUUGGAGUAGAACAUUAUCACCUCCUAGAAGAAACGAUGAUCGUGACCAUCGUGUUGACUCCGCAUCUUCUCUCGAUCACAAUUCACCAAUAAGAAAUAGGGAUAGUUUUCCCAGUCAUAAGGGAUCCAUGCGCGACCAUUACGUUCGUGAAAGGUAUUCGCCUAAUUACAGGCAUUCCUUGAAUGAACGUGAUGAUUUUCAUGACAACAGAAGUGAUCAUAGUCGUGGUGAAAGUCCUAUGAUGUUAGAAGAUUCUGCAGAAGAACUAGAAAUGGAGCAUACAUUCCAAAGAGGAUCAGAUUGGCAUGGAAGAGGUAAAAUGAUGAGAGGAAGAUCCAGCCCUCUCAUAAAACCACAUAUAUACAGAGGAAAGCAUUCGGGAGGAAGACCUUAUCGUGGCCGUGGAGGAUAUCGUGGAAAAUUCUAAAAUUAUUUGUGUAAAGCACAAAUUUACAAUAUUGUAGAAUUAUAUAAUCAAAUAUACCAGUAUAUUAACAAA